GACAGACAGAAGACAGUAGCAGAAAGGAGGACUACAGUGUGGCUGUGUAUCUGGACAUUCCACAUCUAGACUUACUCAGGAGUAAUGGCUCAUCUGCCUACAAGUGUUCCUGCUAAUUUCAGCACCACAGCUGUAAAUAUAGAUAAUAACAGCACCAAUGGCACUGAGUGUCCUCCUAACAAUUCCAAGGAAUGGAUGGUCAUAUAUAUCUGGCUCAUCGCUGUGCUGGGAAUUGUGUUUAACGUGUUUGUCCUUACGGUUUUCUACUUACACAAGAAGGCCUUCACCGUGGCUGAGAUCUACUUGAGCAACCUGGCUGCUACCGACCUUGUCCUGGUGUCCUGUCUGCCCUUCUGGGCUGUGAAUGUAACCCACAAUUAUAAGUGGCCCUUUGGUGAUCACCUGUGUCGACUGGUCAACCUGGGCAUCAAUAUGAAUGUCUGCUGCAGCAUCUACUUUCUUGUUCUGAUCGUGAUGGAUCGUUAUGUGGCACUGGUGCACCCGCUGUCUCAUGACAGGUUUCGUCGGCCAAAGUUUGCCAAACUGUGCUGUCUGCUGGUGUGGGGUUUCGGGUUGCUCCUGGGUGUCCCCACACUCUACUUCAGGGAAGUAAAAGAUGAUUAUUGCUAUCUUAAAUACCCAGAUCUCACUACACUUCUGGUGUGUGAUGGGAUAAUGUUCAUCUUCAGGUUCAUCCUCCCCAUUUCUAUCAUUACCUGGUGCACUGUCAAGAUCAUUCAAGCUUUAAAGAACCGGUCAGUGGAGGGGUUGAACACUCCAAGAACAGAGCACAAGGCGACCACUCUAGUGCUGGUCGUUCUCGUGGCGUUCCUGAUCUGCUGGGUGCCAUUCCACCUUUAUAAGAUACUAGACUCACUCCAAACAGUUGAAAUCCUGAAAGGAUGUGACCUUCAAGCCAUCCUACACAUCUGCAGCCAGAUCUUCACCUACUUAGCUUUCUUCAACAGCGUUCUCAACCCCAUCCUCUACAUCAUUGUAGGAAAGAACUUUCAGAAAAAAGUUCGGGAACUCUUCAGUCAGCGGUCCAUUAGGAGAACAACGACCUUAAGCCUCACCUCCACACGCAGCAACCUAAUAAGCAGUGUUCGAGCUAAUGAUGUCUGCUGACAAGCUGAUCUGCAAGAUUGUGAUUUUUUGAGAGUUUAUGGUCUAUGUUUUUUUAACAAUUUCACAUGAUGAAGUGGGUGUGACCCAGAAGUGAGAUAAGAAAAAUAUUUGGAGUCAUACCUGCAUCAUGUUCACGUAGACAGAGAGGUGAAGUACAAGAUAAUAGCAUUUACUCGAUUAUAUGCAUGAUGUACCCCUUGGAAGGUAGCCCAUCAGAUCCUGCUCAGUAUGCUGGGAUUUGAACUCCCUCUCUCUCAUGUUUUUUUGCUCCAGAUGGCUCAUAACUCAGGGCUUUACCUACUGUAAAAAGAGAGGGGUUGUAGGUGUUGAGGCCACAGCACUGGUGUAUGCUGUCACACAACUUUUCUUACUGUGUUGGGGUCUUUCCCCAGUCUUAAACCUUCCUCAACACACUCUUUGAUGGACAAAGCUUUUGGAGGCCAGGUUUUAGUGUGUCUUGCCUUUCUCAACAGUGUGCAAUGUCUACUUAGAUCAGGACAAAUGAAAGAGACAGUGUGAUCAUCUUUAAUGCAAGUGAUCAGAUGCGACUCAUGACAUCCUGUUUACAUUUUGGACCGCUUCUGGUACUACUUGGAUGAAGUUGUACAAUGUACAGGAUAUGAGAGUGAGAAUUACAUUAUCUGCCAUCCUAACACUUAUGCCCUAAUUGUUGUUUCAUCAGAAUUGCUUUUAGAUUUUACACAAUAAUAACACUUACAUAAUUAAACAGCCCUUCAAAUUCUAUUCUAUAUUGGAGAAGUAAUGGACACAAACUAAGAUAAUGGAAGUAGUGGGUGAUGGAAACAGACUUUGUGUCUCUGUGUAGCAGUAAUGACAAUUUAAUGUGAGAUGUUUCUUGGCCCUCUGUGCAUGUUUGUAGAUAUUCAGUAUAUACAGUGUGUGUCUGAAUCUUUUGCUCUGUACUCUUACAUGACCUUACUUUUACUGAUUUGUUAUAUUUUAAUGCUAAACAUAUUUAAUAUCCAUGUAAUAUUCUUCCCCUCUGUCUCUGGCAGUGUGCAUCCUUCCUUUGACUGGCUAAUUUAAAUCUGCAAGCUGACUAGAGAAUGACCACCUUUGCACUGUGAACACAUUUGCAUGCUCAUACAAUUUGUACAAUUUUGUUGUGUACACUGCCUGAAAAGUAGUGACUCACACAGUCACGCCAGUUUCUCUGUAUGGUGUAAACAAAACAUUUGUGCACAAAUCGUUAAACAAUUUGUAUAUUCAACUUAAUGUAACCACCUACAGUGGCAUAAUUGCAAAAGCCUUACACUGAAUCUUUUGCUGACAUGCCAUAAAUGUAUACAUAUUGUUAUAA